UAUUCGGAAUGGGGAAGAGCUGCUGUAAUGUGUUGUUUUGAUAUCCUCAGUAGUUUUUAAAUUAGCAAGACCUGAGGUUUUAAAAUGGGGCUUUUCGGGAAAACACAAGACAGACCACCAAAAGACCUGAUUAAUGAAUGGUCGCUAAAAAUAAGGAAGGAAAUGAGGGUGAUUGACAGACAAAUCCGAGAUAUUCAGAGGGAGGAGGAGAAGGUGAAGAGAUCAAUCAAAGAUGCCGCUAAGAAGGGACAAAAGGAUGUGUGUAUCAUUCUGGCCAAAGAGAUGAUUCAGUCAAAGAAGGCAGUUAGCAAACUGUAUGCCUCCAAAGCGCAAAUGAACUCUGUGCUUCUUAGUAUGAAGAAUCAGUUGUCUGUGUUAAGGAUGGCUGGCGCACUGCAGAAGAGCACAGAGGUCAUGAAGGCCAUGCAGAGCCUGGUAAAAAUCCCAGAGAUCCAGGCUACCAUGAGGGAUCUCUCGAAGGAGAUGAUGAAGGCGGGUAUUAUAGAAGAGAUGAUGGAGGACACACUUGAGGGCUUGGAUGAUGAGGAAGAAAUGGAGGAAGCAGCAGAGGCUGAGGUUGAUAGGAUCCUCUAUGAGAUCACAGCUGGCGCUCUUGGAAAAGCUCCCAAAAUCACAGGCACUCUCCCUGAGCCGGAGCCGGAGCCAGUCGGGGCUACAGCGGCCUCAGAAGACGAAGAAGAGGACAUUGAGGAAAUGCAGUCCAGGCUAGCAGCACUAAGAAGCUAAACUGUUGUAGCUACUCCUUUUAAGCCCUCGGUGUCCUAGACAGAAACCUCCUUUUAAUUAUGAUGAAUUCAUUCUUCUGAUCUCUUGUUUUUUCUUUAUAUCCAUAUAAAGACUGAAUUGGUAUAAGGAGGAUGUAUAAUAGUUUUCCACAGAAAUCAAGAGCAAGAAAAAUUGCAAAUAGAGCAAAAUCCCUUUGUCUACUUAAUUAAACAGCAAGGUUUAAACGAACAGCAUUUAGAGCAGCUUGUUAUGGAGGCUAGGUGAUUUCAUUCUGUUCAUUUUUUCUAAGUUGUUUAAACAAACUGGUAGUAAUUUCUGUUUUAAACAGUGAUGCUGUGUAUGCAUUUAGCUGUAAUACGUGAAGAGGGAUCUGUUUUCUUGUUGCUCUCUAUUCCUUCUGUAUUUAUCUUCACUGUGGUUUCUAGCCUUAUUUGGUGUCUCAGCGAAUCCUUAUUUUCUGUGUAACCAUGCAGUGGAAUUGUGGUUUUACUGAUUUUGGAGAAACUCCUAACAGCUUUUGUAUGCAAGUUCUGGAUAAAUAUAUAGAUAUUAAGUGUGUUUAUCUUAAUUUUAUAUUAAGUAAAUCCCUCCUAGUUAUGUAAAUAGUUCUCUGAUCUAACUGCUGAUGGGUUGAUGUAAACCAUGCGUUGCUGUGACUUGUUAUGGUAACUGUGCAACUUUCGCACAUUGCCGCUGCACCACAGCCAACAUUGUGAAAGUGGAAAAUAAGUGCUAAUGGCUUACAAAUACAGAUCUACUUUUCCAGAUUUGCACUUAUAUUAUUGUUAUUAGGAGCACUCCAGACGUCUGAAACAUUUUCAAAAUGUUCUAAACUUGUUUGGUUUCACAGGAAAACUGCUAUGCAGCCCAAAGACUUAAGUUUAUUAUAAAAAAUAAAAACACUAUCAGUAACUUUCAUUUUCCUUUUUUUAUGUUCUUUUAUAUUAUUCCAUCCAAGGUACAGCAUGUAAUCAAGGUUAUAAUAGAAAAGAAAAAAAAAACUUCAUAUACUGUAAGACAUAAUACCGAAUUAACUUUUUGAGAUUUUGAUUUGGUCAGGCCCUGGUUCUGAGGCACUGUAUACAUACUGUAAAUCAUCUCUGACACAUUACUGUAUGUGUUAUUAAUCACAAGCCACGGUUAUUUCAAUACACUACCACUAAAACAGUUUUGUGAUGUGACCUUAUGUAGCAGAGAUUGUUAGUUCUUCCUUUAAAAUGUGUGCUUUUUCCACACAUACUAUGUUAUACUAGGUGAUCAUGUAAGGCUCUCCUAUAAAUCUCUAUAUAAAAUGGUCAUUUUCAGGUUAUAGCAUGAGACUGCUCUCUCGUACAGCUGUAUAUUUUUGUUUAUGUUUACUGCCGUUAAGCAUUUUAUUUCUCCCUUGACUAAAAUGAUGUUAUGUCACAAAUUUCUUGAAAAUGCGUGUGUAUAUACGUAUAUAUGUAGAACAAAGAUUAUUACAGCUACAGUAGCUGCAAAUAUUUUUACAAAUUCACCAAUUAAUUAUGUUUCAUAAUGAGUUUCUGAAAUCAUUUCAAAAUCCUUAUUGAAAGCAAAUAGCUUCAUUUUCAAUCUUGCUUACAAAAAAAUGUACUUACAGAAUGCACAUACAGAAAUGUGUUUUGUAAACACAGGAAUGAUUAAGAAUAAACUUUUAUGAACAAAUUGGA